AUGGAAGCUAAAUCUGACGGCAGCACCGCCCGCGGGGUCUCCCCUGCGGCGAUGCAGCGCUGCAGUUCAGCAGCAGCAGCAGCAGCAGCAGCAACUGCUGCUGCACCUGCUGCAGCAGCAGCAACUGUUGCUCCUGCUGCUGCACCUGCUGCAGCAGCAGCAACUGCUGCUCCUGCUGCUGCACCUGCUGCAGCAGCAGCAACUGCUGCUCCUGCUGCAGCAGCAACGACCGCUGCUCCUCCUCCAGAAGCAGCAACUGCUGCUCCUGCUGCAGCAGCAACAAUGACUCCACCUGCUGCAGCAGCAGCAACUGCUGCUCCUGCAGCAGCAGCAGCUGCUGCUGCUGCAGCAGCAGCGGAAACCGUCGGAGCGUUUGAGGCAGCCACUGAGCAUGCAGCCGCACCUGAAGCAGCAGCAGCAGCGACAGCAGCAGCAGCACCGCCCGCGGGGUCUCCCCUGCGGCGAUGCAGCGCUGCAGUUCAGCAGCAGCAGCAGCAGCAGCAGCAGCAUCAACUGCUGCUGCACCUGCUGCAGCAGCAGCAACUGCUGCUGCACCUUCUGCAGCAGCAGCAACUGCUGCUCCUGCUGCAGCAGCAACAACCGCUGCUCCUCCUCCAGAAGCAGCAACUGCUGCUCCUGCUGCAGCAGCAACAAUGA